AUGGAUCCCAAGAAAGCUGAUAUUAUUCGUUUAGAGGCACUUCCUCAAGAUCUACUUGGAGGAAUAGUUGCUAAAGUUGGAGCUACAACAGCUGAAGAUUUUCACAAUUGCAUUCUUGUAUGCAAAGAACUAGGUGCAUCAGCAAAUGACAAACACGUGUUCAAAACUCUUAAUCUUGCUCUGUUGGUGAAGAAACCGUUAUCGGGCACGCAAACACCUUCUUACUAUGAAAAUAUGUCUUGA